AUGACAAAGCUUUUGUGGGCUAAGUUAAAGUCGCCCUUUUCAAGGGCAGGAAGAUCUAACAAGGAACGUGCCAGCAGCUUAAGCAACAAGUUAAACGUUAAUGAAGAAUACAAGGAAGCUUUCAGGACGAAGUCUUAUGCGGAAAUGUGGAGCAAGGUUCAAGACCAGCUAAGGAAAACGGGGAUUGAUGGAGUUGACAAAGGCACCUCUUCGUCUUCAUCUGUUCCUUUCUAUCUCCAUCUCUCCGAUUAUCUGUUUGAACCACAGCAGAAAGAGACCCUGAGAGAAAUGAUUGAAAGCUUAAAGUUUCAUCACUUUCUGGUUGAUUACUUUGAAGCCAACUUAGAAGCAUGCCAUAUUUGCGAUUUGCUUCUUCAAAGAAUCCAACAGACACGUGCUAAUUAUAAGAAAAUUAGAAGGGUGAUCAAGCUAAGCAGAAGGGUGCAAGAUUCUGCAGAUUAUUCAGAUAAGUUUUGCGGUGCAAUGUUUAGAGAGCUUGCUGCAUAUGCAUUGCUUGAAAAUCCAUUGUCGAUGUUUUUUACCUCUGUAAAAUUCCAUGAUCUUCACGAUAACAACUUGGUGUUGCUCCGUGGAUUGACUUCAGAAAAGAGAAGGAUUAGAAGGAAAGCAAAGUUCAGAAGGAUUUGCACGAUGGUUGGAGGAGGAUGUCUUGUGAUUUCACAUACUGCACUUCUAAUUGCCUUGCUUGUAAUUGCCAUCCAUGGAAUGGUUGGCAUCGUCGCUGCACCAGGACUAAUGGGUUGCUCGCUGUAUGUAUUCAGAAAGCAAAUCAAGUUGAUUCAUCGUGGGCUUGAGACAAGCUUGCUUGAAAAAAGACUUGGUGCACAGCUAGAUCUUGCUGCCAAAGGAACUUACAUACUGAUCAAAGAUUUUGAUACCAUGAGUAGGUUGGUCAGAAGGUUAUUCGAUGAAGUAGAACAUCGUAAAGCUCUUGCUGAUAUGUGUAUUAGGAACAAAAAACCUGAACUAUUGAAAGAGGUCGUGAAAGAAUUUCACAUUCAUGACUUGUGCUAUCUGGAACAGCUAGAAGAACUCGAGCGGCACAUCUGCUUGUGUUUUCAUACUAUAAAUAGAUCCAGAAGGCUUGUUAUGGAAGAGUUAAUGGUUGCACCCGACAAUAGUACAGCUGAUGAUAAUCAGCAAAAAAUCUUACGAGGAUGA